AUGACGCCUCACCCUGCUCAGGCGGCGACCAGCGCACCUCACAUGCCUGCGGCAAACAUAACAUCCACCCCAGAAGUGUCCAUUGGGGCCUCAAUCUUAUGGGCGUUUCUCCUCACUGCCACACACAACCUUACUCUGGCGGAACACAGCACGCUUCCCCCUGGCUUGCAACAUGCCGUACCGGAGACAACUUCAGCACCUCUGGAAAUUUAUUCGACACCUCGGCUUCAAGUGUCAACUACGAACCCCGCAGGAGUGUCCCAGCCACUACUCCUGCUUAUGUCUGGGAAUAAAUCUUCAGUCACAGAGUUUGUCGUUGAGCCGUUCAGGACGAUGCCCACUAUGUUCCCACCACUGCCUCAGGAGUCGCAACCAACCCCUCUCGUGUACCUGAUACCCAGGAAAGGAGGCCGCACCGCUGGCCAGAACCGCAGCAGCCUCAUGGCCAGGCUGAUCGAUGACAGAGAAGGAGGGACGACGCUGUCGGGUGGGAACACGGUACGGUUUUCUGGCAAUGGUAAAUUAUUGGCAAAGCCUCGCACCAUGUCACCAGUGAACACACAAACCUCUGGUGGAAGCAAGGAACCGCCGGUCCUACUCAGAAGUUCAUCAACACACGAGCCUCCUGAUGAAGGUCAGGAUUCCCUGCCACCACCACCACAACCACCUUCCGGCGAGAGUGAAGGUUCUCCAGAAGUACUCAUUCACUCCUUGGUAACACCAGAUCCUUCUGGUUCACCAAAAACACUCACAAUUGAGGCUGUGGCUUCGCCAGAACCACUUACAACUCGCUUAGUACCUGAGGUCGAGAGUUCACUAGAACCAGAACCGGAACCACUCCCUUUUCUAAUUGUAUCCGAGGUCGAGGGUUCACCAGAACCAGAACCACUCAUAACUCACUCAGUACCUGAGGUCGAGGGUUCACCGGAACCACCGCCAAAACUAAUCACAGCAUUGUUCGUAGCGUCACAACUUCCUGGGGAAAGUGAGACAUUCGCAGGCUCCUCGGCAGCAUCAAGCCAGAAAACGCCUGCCUCGACAGCCCCCAUAGUACCUGAGGGCUGCAACUCAUCAUCCCAACAGCCUCCAAACGAAGGGUGUUCACACAGCGCGACGCUCCAGGCCUCGGAAUCUUCCAGCUUUCUCCCAGAGGCGCACGAGACAAACGAAACUGUGAACGACACUGCUGGGGCGGAGGCAAGAGAAGCGUCGCGGGGAAGCGGCAUCCAGUGGUCGACAUUCAAGGUGGUAAUGUUCGUGGUCCAGUUUGUCAUCAUGGUGGAGACGGUGUUCGGGAACCUGAUGGUGAUUCUGUCCGUCAAGAUGGAGAAAAAGCUGCAGACGCCCUUCAAUUACUACAUCGUAAACCUCGCCUUCACAGACAUGAAUGUCGGCAUCUCCGUCAUGUCGCUCUUCAUGAUAUACAACCUGUACGACUACUUCCCUUUCAACGCCUUCCUCUGCCACUACUGGGUGUGGAGCGACUACACUAUGACCUUCGAGUCCGUCAUGACCCUGGCCGCCAUCAGCAUAGACCGUCUGUGGAGUGUCACGUGGUCUCUGCAUUACCGUAACCACAAUUCCACUCGCAAGUCUCUGUACAUCAUCCUGGGCACGUGGUGUCUCGUGGGGUUCAUCUGGUUGCCGCCUUUCCUCUACGAUCGCGUCGUCAACGUGUACGCCGCGGGGGACUGCUACUGGGACACCGUGCUCAACAAAAACCUGGUGGCGUACGUCGGGUUCCUGGGCUACUACACGCCGCUGCUGGUGAUGCUCGGUGCCUACGCCAAGAUCCUGCUGGUGGUGAGGAAGAGAGCUGCCUCAAUCAGGGACGCCGCCAGGAAGGAUGCUGUCAAGCUGUUGGUGACGCCAAUGGAGCGAACACUGAAGAUUGAGCUUCCGAGCAUCCAAGCAGACCCCAGUUCCGGCGGGGGAGGAGGCGGCGGCAGCGGGGGAGGCGGCGGCGACCAGAAGCGACUGGUGGCGGGGGCGGCGGCGACACAACCGAAGGACGACAAGCAGGAGCAGAAGUUGAAACGGGAGAUGAAGGCUGUGUACACCCUGCUUAACAUUGUGGUGAUCUUCCUCCUGUGCUGGGUGCCCUUCUACAUACUCUUCGUGCUGAGUGCCUGGUUCCCGACUCUCUUCCCUACCUGGUACGUCACGUUCAGUUACUGGAUGGCUUACAUCAACUCGGCCGUCAACCCGAUCCUCUACCCGCUGUCCUCGCCGGAGUUCCGCCAGGCCUACAAAAAGGUGCUCCGCGCGAUGAUCGGUCGGGCUUAAAAGGUCCAUAUUCAGAAACGUUUCGGUCUCUCAUCACAACUAUUUUCCAAGGCUACUAUGAUGAUUAGAGGGGUUUUCAAGAAUGUUUCUUUAGUUAAUAAUGCAGAACUCGUCACUGCCUCUAGAACCGUAAAAAAACACCUUGAAAUUGUAAAUUUAGAUAAAGCCUUUUGAAAUAGUGAGGUAAAGCACAGAUGUGUUAGAGAAUGCUAGCCUAAAAUGAGAGAUAAUGCCGCUACCGUCUUCUCCCCGGCCUUGCCACCGACAUAACCACCACUGCUUCUACUACCACAGCUAAAACAUGUGCCAUUACUGUCCAUCCUUGCCAUAACCCCAAUCAUAACCACCAGUUUCUACUACCACAGCUAAAACAUGUGC